AUGGGCUUGCCCUCCCCACCCCUGCUGUGGCCACCCUCCCAGCAUUCCCCAGAGGGGCUGGCAUCCAAGGGCCCCGUGUCAUCCCACACGUCCCUUUGCCAGAGCCGCCUUCCUCCCCUGGAAAACGCCUGCCCCUCCUGCAGUGGCUGGCCUGCUGUCCCACCAACACCGCCCAUCCUUGGGACGCAGCCUCCACUGCCCUGCAUUGCAUUUCUCCUGGUGUGUAUGGGCCUCCCGCGUUCUGAAGAGGAUGUGUUUUGUGUCUCUGCUGCAGGAAUUGCUUACUUAGGAGGUGUGUGCAGUGCUAAGAGGAAGUGUGUGCUUGCCGAAGACAAUGGUCUCAAUUUGGCCUUUACCAUCGCCCAUGAGCUGGGCCACAACUUGGGCAUGAACCACGAUGAUGACCACUCAUCCUGCGCUGGCAGGUCCCACAUCAUGUCGGGAGAGUGGGUGAAAGGCCGGAACCCAAGUGACCUCUCUUGGUCCUCCUGCAGCCGAGAUGACCUUGAAAACUUCCUCAAGUCAAAAGUCAGCACCUGCUUGCAAGUCACGGACCCCAGAAGCCAGCACACGGUACGCCUCCCGCACAAGCUGCCAGGCAUGCACUACAGUGCCAACGAGCAGUGCCAGAUCCUGUUUGGCACCAACGCCACCUUCUGCAGAAACAUGGAGCAUCUGAUGUGCGCUGGACUGUGGUGCCUGGUAGAAGGAGACACAUCCUGCAAGACCAAGCUGGACCCUCCCCUGGAUGGCACCGAGUGUGGGGCAGACAAGUGGUGCCGCGCGGGGGAGUGUGUGAGCAAGACGCCCAUCCCAGAGCAUGUGGACGGAGACUGGAGCCCGUGGGGCGCCUGGAGCAUGUGCAGCCGAACAUGUGGGACGGGAGCCCGCUUCCGGCAGAGGAAGUGUGACAAUCCCCCCCCUGGGCCUGGAGGCACACACUGCCCGGGUGCCAGUGUGGAACACGCGGUCUGCGAGAACCUGCCCUGCCCCAAGGGUCUGCCCAGCUUCCGGGACCAGCAGUGCCAGGCGCACGACCGGCUGAGCACCAAGAAGAAAGGCCUGCUGACAGCUGUGGUGGUUGAUGAUAAGCCAUGUGAACUCUACUGCUCACCCCUCGGGAAGGAGUCCCCACUGCUGGUGGCCGACAGGGUCCUGGACGGCACACCCUGCGGGCCCUACGAGACCGAUCUCUGCGUGCACGGCAAGUGCCAGAAAAUCGGCUGUGAUGGCAUCAUUGGGUCUGCAGCUAAAGAAGACAGAUGCGGGGUCUGCAACGGAGACGGCAAGACCUGCCACGUGGUGAAGGGUGACUUCAGUCACGCCCGGGGGACAGCUCUCAAAGACUCCGGUAAGGGAUCCAUCAACAGUGACUGGAAGAUAGAGCUCCCCGGAGAGUUCCAGAUUGCAGGCACAACUGUUCGCUAUGUGAGAAGGGGAUUAUGGGAGAAGAUUUCUGCCAAGGGACCAACGAAACUACCGCUGCACUUGAUGGUGUUGUUAUUUCACGACCAAGAUUAUGGAAUUCAUUAUGAAUACACUGUUCCUGUAAACCACACUGCGGAAAAUCAAAGUGAACCAGAAAAACCGCAGGAUUCUUUGUUCAUCUGGACCCAUAGCGGCUGGGAAGGGUGCAGUGUGCAGUGUGGAGGAGGGGAGCGCAGAACCAUCGUCUCAUGCACACGGAUUGUCAACAAGACCACAACUCUGGUGAACGACAGUGACUGCCCUCAAGCAAGCCGCCCAGAGCCCCAGGUCCGAAGGUGCAACUUGCACCCCUGCCAGUCACGGUGGGUAGCAGGUCCAUGGAGCCCCUGCUCGGCGACCUGUGAGAAAGGCUUCCAGCACCGGGAGGUGACCUGCGUGUACCAGCUGCAGAACGGCACACACAUCGCUACGCGGCCCCUCUACUGCCCGGGUCCCCGGCCGGCGGCAGUGCAGAGCUGUGAAGGCCAGGACUGCCUGUCCAUCUGGGAGGCAUCUGAGUGGUCACAGUGUUCUGCCAACUGUGGAAAAGGGGUGCGGAAACGGACUGUGGCGUGCACCAACUCACAAGGGAAAUGCGAUGCCUCCACCAGGCCGAGAGCCGAGGAGGCCUGCGAGGACUACUCAGGCUGCUAUGAGUGGAAAACCGGGGACUGGUCUACGUGCUCAUCGACCUGCGGGAAGGGCCUGCAGUCCCGGGUGGUGCAGUGCAUGCACAAGGUCACAGGGCGCCACGGCAGCGAGUGCCCCGCCCUCUCGAAGCCUGCCCCCUACAGACAGUGCUACCAGGAGGUCUGCAACGACAGGAUCAACGCCAACACCAUCACCUCCCCCCGCCUUGCUGCUCUGACCUACAAAUGCACGCGAGACCAGUGGACAGUGUAUUGCCGGGUCAUCCGAGAAAAGAACCUCUGCCAGGACAUGCGGUGGUACCAGCGCUGCUGCCAGACCUGCAGGGACUUCUAUGCAAACAAGAUGCGCCAGCCACCGCCAAGCUCGUGACGCGCAGCCCCGGGGGUCGCUCAAGGCUCAGACUCGAGGUCUGAAACCCGCCCACCCCCAAGCGUAUCAGCCUUGCGGCCAUGCCCCCACAAGGCUACCACAAGAAUACAACUGCAUAGAACAUGAGUGUGGACUUG